UCGCGUCUUCGAAGUUAGCUUCACGUCUAGUAUCUACAUAUCAAUGACUUCAACCUCCACAGGUAUCUACUCAAUUACCUAUCACCGAGAAACUGUGCAACAUUUACAGCGACGUGCCCUUUUGCAUUUACCGUUUGAGCAAAUACUCGACUUUCUACUCGUCAUCGACUCACCGACUCACCGACCAUGCAGUCUCAAAUAUAAUGACUUAAAUUAAGACAACGCUCUCCAAUCUCGAAUUUUUACGACAACUUCUCGCCAUGUCUGUGUCAAAGCAAUUUCUAGCUGGAGUACGCGAAAUCCUCGUAGACCUCAAUGGGGAAGGCCUGCGCGAUUGGCUCAAGGUAGAGCCACCUUUGCCGCAAGAAUAUCUCGACCUUGCAGCUGAGCUGAAAAGUCGUUACAAAGAUGACGACGCGCUCGAGAAGCUUGUCGAGUCGAGUCUACCGGAAGAUGACGAUGUACCGGAAGGUCAGGGAACAUCAUGGUUCGGUUUCAAUGCGUUCAUAAAGGACUAUCUUCAAUACUGGCGAGAUGUGGAUUUCGAAGACCUUCUCGGAGCCCACCAAUUGCUCACUGCCUUAACCAAUUCAUGUGCAACGGCGCUUAAUAAUCCCACAUAUGGAACGAUCAUGUUGCAGACGAGCAUAUCACUUUGCGGCUCAUUCUCAACCCUGUCUAUGACCUUGAAUAAGCGACCGGACUUGACAUCGAGGUUGGCAGCAUUGCGUAGCGGCGAAGAUGAGCAGAAGUCGUUCAUCGAGAUUACGGCCGAGAUCAUGCAAAAAUUCUUCACGGCAUGCCUCACGGAUCGAUCAAGCCCACGAUUCGCACCGCCCACGGGCAAAAAAGUCGGCAUCUACGUCUUCGCCAACAAAACCUUGAAGCUCCUUACGAUGAACAACCGAUCGUACUUGGCAACACAACUCUUGACCAAUCUCAUGGCAAAAUCACCGCCACUCUCGUAUUACCCGGCUUCUCAAAGAGUGUCAUUCUUAUAUUUCCUCGGCCGGUUCCACUUUAACCACAAUCUCUACUGGCGCGCCGCACAAUGUUUCCAGGAAGCAUAUCUACAAACACCACCACGUUUCCAGAAACACCGGCGAAUUAUCCUCACAUACCUAAUCGCCGCAAACUUCACCAUGGGCCGUCUACCCUCACAAGCCCUCCUCCAGCGACCAGAAGCCGCGUCCAUGGCGCAGUGCUACUCGCAGCUCUCGUCCGCGAUCCGGAAAGGCAACUAUCUAGCCUUCCAGCACACGAUCAAGCAGCACGAAGACUGGUUGCGCAGCAAAGGGUACCCCCUAUUCAUCACGUUACAAUGGCGCAUCCGCCCGCUCCUCUGGCGCUCGCUCUCUCGCCGCACGUUCCUGCUCACUUACACUCCCGACGAAGGUGACUCGCGCAAAGCCGCCGUCCUGAAGCUCGCCGACUUCAAGACCGUGCUCACGUACAUCCAGCGCCGGCUCGAGGGCUACCUACCCGCGGCACCAACGCUAAAGACCCACCACCAAGCCAACGUCAACAGCUACCUCCUCAAAGCAGUCUCCAACAGCGCGGGCCCGCCGCUCAAGAACUCGACGCUAGCCCCGCCGCCCGGCGGCGUCAAGAAGCUGAUGCCCGACGAGGGCGUGCUGACGGGCAACAUGCCCAUCACGGACCACCACGUCGAGACUAUGGUCACGUCGCUCAUAGGCCAGGAUCUGAUGCAUGGGUAUAUAGCGCAUACCCAGGGCGCGUUCGCGAUCAUGGGCACGAAGCAGAAGGGGAGUGCGGUGGCGGCGGGGUGGCCUGGUGUUUUUGAGGUUAUUGAGGGGAGGUCGGCGGAGCGGGAGAUUCCGGGGUGGGUUAGGGAUGAGAGUUAGGAGAAUGGAG